UUUGCCAUAUAACAACAGUGUACGUUUAAUUGACUAACUCAAUUGAUGUUCGGACAACAGGACUGAGUACGUCUAGAGAGAAAACGGUUGUGCGUUUCGAUUACAACAAAAUAUACUAAAAAGUUAAAAAAGAGGAAUGCCGUCGAGUAGUGUUAGACUAUUUGAUGGGUUAUCCGCUGGGACCCAACGUCGAGCACACCAUUCAGUUCUACAUUAGCCAGCUAGAAUACGAAGUACUGUCUGGGCGAGAAUCUGCUGUGAUGAUGUUAAAAACGAUGUUCCUUUCAUUCCCAGCGGAACUUCUUAAUACCAAAGGAAACUUUGUCUUUCUUACAUUAGGAAUACGUCUGAUUAACGAACAGUCCCCUCAAUGUCGCGCUCUAGUUGCAGAGGCCUUGGAAACUCUAUUGUCUCGGUUGAAUAAAAAUUAUCGUGACGAAUUGGUGAAUUUGAUACUGGUUUUGCUGCAGAACAAUAAAUUGAACCAUCGAGAACUUGGCGCUCAAUUCAUCAAACGCCUGAUAAACGUCGAGAAAAAGACAUUUACACGCCGGGUCGAUCAAAUAUUUCCAGCUUUGCUUUCAUCCCUCAACGAUUUGGGAUCGGAAAAUGCUGGAAAAUUUGUCCGUUUGAAACAUAUUGUACCACUGGACGAACAAGGUGAAGAGGCACAAGCAUUGAAAGACCAUUCUUUGUUUCAAACGUUGAAUGUUUUACGCCAGAUAUUUGAGGUAUGUCCGGAGGUUCUUACAUGUACCAAAUAUCUUGAAAUGGUCGAUGAGCUGGCUUAUAGUCUUCAAUCACUGCUUGCCUAUGAUCAUCAGUGGGUUCGUUUUGGUGCCCUCGAAUUACUUGGAGUCAUUCUUAGUUGUAUCAAACCGCAUACUAUUUACAGAAUUCUAAAAGGCGAAGAAAGUGAAAUGAGUCACCGGUUUAUGUACAGUAAUCCUAGUGCACAAGCGCGUUCUCUCGUUUUGGAUAUGUGUACUCAAUUGAUGCCAGGAGAAACGGAUGACGCCACUGCCCAACUGAUAGCUCAAAAUCUUCUCAUCAUCGGAAACAUUCUCAGCGACAUCCCGUUAAAGACCGACAAUGCAGACAAUAACAAAAGCAUCGAUUUAAUUUGGAUGCUGCGAAGGGUACGGUAUGUCAUACAAAGUGAAGUAGCUAAAUCACCAAAAUCUAUUGUCUUGCGAAAAAACAUGUUCAAUCUAAUGGAAUCAAUCGUCGAUUUGCUAAAUGAUAAUGCUUUGCUAUGUUUGGCGCCGUCAAUUUUGUCACCAGCACUGCGUGAAUUAACUGACAAAGAUCAUGUCAACGAAGACCUGAAACAAAUAGUUGAAAGGCUAGGUUGUCAAAUUAAAGCUAAAAUUGGCAAGGAGCAGUACGAUAAUAUUUGUUUUAAUAUGCAGUCCAAAAUUGAAGAAAAACGUCGACUUCGGCGACGAAAUAAUGCAAUAGAGAAGAUAAAUAAUCCUUCCCUAGCUGCAAAAAGAAAGCUGACGGAAAAAAAUCGAAAAAGAGAAGCGAAAAGACGUAAAUCCGAUGUUCUAAAGCAACAGAACAGCAAGCGAACGUAUAGUGGAGAGAAAAAAAUAAAUAGAAAAACAAGACGUUUAGAAGACUUGUUCCAAAGCUAACUGAUUGCAUACUACGCCUACUACCACAGAUAAAAGAAUGUUAAAGACAGAAGAUUUUCCGAAUAA